GAUUGGUCCAUUUUGUAAACUCAAUUCCCAAGCCGUCGCCGGCCGAUCCAAAGCCCAAGUCGACACCAACCACCAUGAGCUCUGGGUAUGGCCUUCUAUGCGUCCAAGCGGUAUUCCUCUUCACAGGGGUCUUCUCCACAUGCGCGGCGCAGUACGUGUUCUACCAAGGCGCAGGAGCGCAAAGAGCCAUGCUGCUGCCGUUGUGCAACUACUUGGGCAUGAUGCUCGUGGGUGUGAUUCCAUCCAUGAGCUCCAGCGAUUCCCAUCAUCCUACUGCGAGCAUUCUUAAGAAGAAGAACGACGACGAUUCCGCCGCCGCGGCGUUGGCCAGGACGGAAUCGUUGUUGAAGCGAGAUGACAUGGAACUCACUCGACGACAAGCCGAAAAGGACAUCAACGUCGACAUGAAAGACAUCAGCGACAAAGUCCCGCUCGUCUCUACGUCGUUGACCACGGCCAGCACCAUCAGCAGCAGCUUGGCCGAUUUGAAGGCGCCGUUGAAGCACGACGGCAGCAGCGUGGGGUCGUUGUCGGUCAUGCAAAGCAUGUUGCUCCUGAACGUUGUGUUGGAUUUCGGAGGUUGCAUCUUUGCCAACAUUGGUCUCUCCAUGGCUGGAAGCGGCGUGUUUCAAGUCCUCUACUCCUCUGUCGUGUGCUGGUCAGCCCUGCUGUCCAAGAUCUUUUUAAAGAAACAACCGUCCCAAUACGAGUGGCUAGGGAUUGCCAUCGUCACGUUCGGACUGGCCUUUAGCGCCAUGGGCCAAUCCAACGGCGGUCGAAAUGCUGGCUACGUGCUCAUGGGCUGCGUGAACACGUUGAUCGGAGCUGCAUUCUACGGCGGCAACUAUGUGACGGGGGAGUUCAUCUUGAUGCUGCCAGAGCGACCGGAACCAAAGGACCUGUGCUUGAAGAUGGGCAUUUGCUGUGUCACGAUCAUCUCUGUGUACCAAAUGUUCUGGGUCCUGCCGCAGUGGACACACAUCGUCACAGAACCGGUGAUGGAAGCGCACGGCGACCCCCUGCGCAUCCUCGGGGCGCUCUCCUUGUACACUCUGUCGCAAUUGGCGCAUGGACUGACGUACUUUAUGAUGCUGGGGUCGUGCGGCGCAGUCACAACGGGCAUCAUGCAAAGCCUGCGAGCCGUGUGCGUGUUUGGAUUGAGUUCCGUGUUGUACUGCAGCCGUCAAGAAUCGCAAUGCUUUGACGCCAAGCGAGGAAUUGCGACUCUGUUUGUCGUGGCGGGCGUCCUCUUCUACUCGUGGGCCAAGGGUCACGCCAAGAUCCGAAAGCCCAUCGAUAGCGCUACUCACAGUAGUAAAAAACCCCACCUCCCACUCAAAAACUGUAUCGUUUAACCUAGUCAAUCUCUAUCUUUCUAUUACCAUCAUGAAAACGGCCUUGUUAACCCUCUGUCGCAUGUAUUACAUACAUAUCACACUUGCAAGACGAACAAAGAGUGC